CAACCAGGCGCGAUAUCUGCGCCCGCGCGCCUCUCUGCUCUGCUCUAUAAAGAAGAGACCAGUCCAACGCCUCUUUAUAUCUCUCUCUUUCGCUCUCUCUCUCUGCACAUCCUCCUCUCGCACAUCUCCCUCUCUUUACUCUCCAUUGCUCAAGGCAAGGCCGGCCGGCAGAACAUGGGGACGCAGGCAGCGGAGAACUUCGAACCGCCGGCCAAGGAUGUCAGGACGGAUGAGCAGAAGAAGAUCGACGACUGGCUCCCGAUCACGUCGUCGAGGAACGCCAAGUGGUGGUACUCGGCCUUCCACAAUGUCACCGCCAUGGUGGGCGCGGGGGUGCUCAGCCUCCCCUACGCCAUGUCCGAGCUCGGCUGGGGCCCUGGCAUCGCGGUGCUGAUCAUCUCGUGGGUGAUCACGCUCUACACGCUGUGGCAGAUGGUGGAGAUGCACGAGAUGGUGCCCGGGAAGCGGUUCGACAGGUACCACGAGCUCGGGCAGCACGCCUUCGGCGACAAGCUGGGGCUGUGGAUCGUGGUGCCGCAGCAGCUGAUCGUGGAGGUGGGCGUAAACAUCGUGUACAUGGUGACCGGCGGGAGGUCGCUCAAGAAGUUCCACGACGUGAUCUGCGACGGCAAGUGCAAGGACAUCAAGCUCACCUUCUUCAUCAUGAUCUUCGCGUCGGUGCACUUCGUGCUCUCGCAGCUCCCAAACUUGAACUCCAUCUCCGGCGUGUCCCUGGCCGCCGCCGUCAUGUCGCUGUCCUACUCGACCAUCGCGUGGGGCGCGUCGGUGGACAAGGGGAAGAUGGUGGACGUGGACUACAACCUCCGCGCCACCACGACGCCGGGGAAGGUGUUCGGCUUCUUCGGGGCGCUGGGCGAGGUGGCGUUCGCGUACGCCGGCCACAACGUGGUGCUGGAGAUCCAGGCCACCAUCCCGUCCACGCCGGAGAAGCCGUCCAAGAAGCCCAUGUGGAAGGGCGUGGUGGUGGCCUACAUCGUCGUCGCGCUCUGCUACUUCCCCGUCGCCCUCAUCGGCUACUGGGCCUUCGGCAACAGCGUCGACGACAACAUCCUCAUCACCCUCAACAAGCCCACCUGGCUCAUCGCCACCGCCAACAUGAUGGUUGUCAUCCAUGUCAUCGGAAGCUACCAGAUUUACGCGAUGCCGGUGUUCGACAUGAUCGAGACGGUGCUGGUGAAGAAGCUCAAGUUCCCUCCCGGCCUCACGCUCCGCUUGAUUGCCCGGACCCUCUAUGUUGGUAAGGCCCCCCACCCGAAAAGCCAAAAAUGGCGUGUAGCAACGAAUAAGACUGACGAGAUUCCAUACGUUUGCAGCGUUCACCAUGUUCGUCGCCAUCACCUUCCCUUUCUUCGGUGGCCUGCUCGGAUUCUUCGGCGGGUUCGCCUUUGCGCCGACCACAUACUUCCUCCCCUGUAUCAUGUGGCUCGCCAUCUACAAGCCCAAAAGAUUCAGCCUCUCAUGGUUCACCAACUGGGUCUGCAUCGUCCUUGGGGUGUGCCUGAUGAUCCUGUCGCCAAUCGGAGGGCUCAGACAGAUCAUCUUGGAUUCCAAGACAUACAAGUUCUACUCAUAGACUUCAUCCACGACGCAUUUUGUGUAGUGAAAACUGCAAGAGAUCUUUUACGAUGUCUACUACAAACUCUCUUGUCUUGCAAAGGAAAAAAGAAAGGAACAUCAUAGUACCACGGUUACAGAUGGGAUGGUACUUGGUAGAUGCAUAUGGUCAGAGAAAACUUGGUUUAGUCAAAGCAAAAGGGUUGUGUUUGUGGUUAAUCAUGUACGUAAUAUAUAUGGUGUGUGGAUUUGACUCUCGGUACUGUAGGAUCGACAAUCUUUUUUUCUGCUCAAACUUGCAUGGAUGAACAUGGCUUCGCUUUCGUGUGCA